CCUGGAGGGACUGUUACAGGAAGAGUCCGGAGCGCUGUGGAAGAGGUGAGGACUUAUUACCUGAUGGAAAUAUUUUAGGAGGGUGACAUGGAUCAAUCGAAAAGAAGCAGUGAAGUCCAACUCCCACCGCCCUACUCUCAGGACGAUGGUCAACAGAACACCUAUGGCCAACAGAACACCUAUGGCCAACAGAACACCUAUGGCCAACAGAACACCUAUGGUCAACAGAACACCUAUGGUCAACAGAACACCUAUGGCCAACAGAACACCUAUGGCCAACAGAACACCUAUGGUCAACAGAACUACAGUUCUCCCCACUACGGUCUGAACGUUGGCCCUGGCAACAUAGCGGUGGUCUCACCAGCGGGUCAGUAUAACGACAUGGGUCAGGGUCAUCCUGAGGACCAACAACAACACUGGGCUGCUCCACUACCACCUGACUAUUCCACCGGGCUGGAGGACACCGGCUGCUUUGAUGACAAAGCCAUAAGAAGAGGCUUUAUAAAGAAGGUGUACCUGACUCUGAUGAUUCAGCUUCUAGUCACCUUUGGGAUCAUCUGUGCCUUUCUGUAUUGGGAGGCUCUGAGGCUCUGGUCUAUGAGGACCUAUUGGUUUUCAUCCUGCAUGAUAGCAGUGGUGCUUGUCAUCAUCAUUUCCUUGUCCUGUUGUGUCAAUGUACGUCGGAAUGUCCCGCUCAAUUUCCUGGCCUUGGGACUGUUUACCACUGCAGAAGGUCUACUGCUGGGCUCUGUGACUGUGUUCUAUGAGGCGGAAGCUGUUAUGUGGGCUGUGGGCGCCACAGCACUGGUCUCCCUGGCUCUGAGUGUCUUCGCCAUGCAGUCCAGAUGGGACUUCACCUUAGCCAGUGGGGGCUUGUGGGUGUUCUGUUGGACUCUCAUAUCCUUUGCAUUGUUGUGUGGAAUCAUGCGAUCCCAGUACCUGUACAUUGUGUACGCUUGCCUGGGAACCUUGCUAUUUUCUUUGUACCUGGUGAUGGACACUCAGCUCAUACUGGGCGGGAAACACAAAUACAGCAUUUCACCAGAGGAGUACAUCUUUGCUGCUCUCAACCUGUACCUGGACAUCAUCUCUCUGUUCACCAUGCUCCUGGCACUCAUUGGACUCAGCCGUUAACUGAAUACGCUGUUGUCACGUCAGAUAGAGCAACAAGCCACCUGCCCUGAUGUAGUUGAGGGACGAGCGUGGAGUAGGAAAUUAGGAUAAUGCCUUUUUUAAAAUCAAAUCAAAUCAAAUGUAUUGGUCACAUACACGUAUUUAGCAGAUGUUAUUGAGGGUGUAGCAAAAUGCUUGUGUUCCUAGCCCCAACAGAAAUGCUUGUGUUCCUAGCUCCAACAGAAAUGCUUGUGUUCCUAGCCCCAACAGAAAUGCUUGUGUUCCUAGCUCCAACAGAAAUGCUUGUGU